ACUCGACUCAUUUAAUAAAGUAAAAGAAACCUAGCUAGCUAACCCAGUCAGUAGCCGUUACCGCCUCUCUAUUUUCAAAUUCAAAAUCUCCCAUUUUCUCUCCGCUCACCUCUUUACAAAUCCCCUCUUAAUUCCCUUUUCUUUUCUCUUCCAAAAACAAAACCUCACAAUCCAAACAACAUGCUCGCGGCUCACUAUCCAGCCAUCGGAAACCAUAAAAUCCGGGCCAAGAGUGGCCGGAAGCCUCUCCAGCCGAGGAACUUUCUCCAAAACCCAGCGACCCUACUAGAUCAAUGCAGUACUGCCAAGCCCAAGCCAAAACAACAAGAACGCCUCCAUGUGGAUGCUUCUUCGGCGGCAGCGUUGGUGGUGGAACAUUCACCUCCGCCUCCUCCUCCUCCAACGAAGAAAGAGGCUCAGCAGAUGAUUAUAGCUCCGGCGAAGAUCGGAUCAUUCGAUGCGUCUCUGGCAGAGGAGCUGAGUGCGAUGAGGAAGAGGCUGGAGCGGCUGAGAUUAGAUGGGGAGAGAACGGAGAGGAUUCUAAAGGAGAGGGAUGCGGUUUUGGAUUCGGAGAUGAAGGAUCUAGAAAAGAGAGGAGAGAUCCAGAAGAGUAUGGAGAACGAAGUUGAUCGAUUGUAUAGGCUGAAGCAGCUCCAUUCUCAGUCCUUGAGGUUUUCUUCAAUUCCAUCUCUUAGAGAGAAGGAACGUGCGAAGAUCUCGGAAUACAAAAAUGAGGAUACAGAAGAAUCCACCUCAUCCAAGAAGGAGGAACAACAGUGAAGAAUUUUUCUUUGAUUUGAAUUACGAAUGCUAUGAAUAUAUAUAUAUAUAAUACCUCAUUAUUAUUAUUAUUGUAAGCAUAGGAAUGAAAUGAAUCAAAUAUAUUGUUAUUUUUGAAUGAGCUGUUUG